AUGUUUAACUCGGUCAACCUGGGCAACUUCUGCUCGCCGUCGCGCAAGGAGAGGGGCGCUGAUUUCGGCGAGCGAGGGAGCUGCGCCUCCAACCUCUAUCUGCCCAGUUGCACUUACUACGUGCCCGAGUUCUCCACGGUCUCCUCCUUCCUGCCCCAGGCCCCCUCUCGCCAGAUCUCCUACCCCUACUCCGCCCAGGUGCCCCCGGUCCGCGAGGUCUCCUACGGCCUGGAGCCCUCCGGCAAGUGGCACCCCCGGAACAGCUACUCCUCCUGCUAUGCGGCGGCCGACGAGCUCAUGCACCGCGAGUGCCUGCCUCCUUCCACGGUCACCGAGAUCCUCAUGAAAAACGAAGGCUCCUACGGCGGCCACCACCACCCCGGCGCCCCGCACGCGGCCCCCGCCGGCUUCUACUCCUCGGUCAGCAAGAACAGCGUCCUGCCCCAAGCCUUCGACCGCUUCUUCGACAACGCCUACUGCGGCGGCGACGCGCCCGCCGAGCCCCCCUGCCCCGGCAAGGGCGAGGCCAAGGGGGAGCCCGAGGCGACCCCGGCCGCGGGACUGGCGCCCCGGGCGGACGCGGGGGCCGAGGCCGAGGCCGAGGAGGAGAACACGAACCCCAGCUCGUCCGGCUCAGCCCACUCGGCGGCGGCCAAGGAGCCGGCCAAGGGAGCCGCCCCCAACGCCCCCCGCACCCGCAAGAAGCGCUGCCCCUAUUCGAAAUUCCAGAUCCGGGAACUGGAGCGAGAGUUUUUCUUCAACGUGUAUAUCAACAAAGAGAAGCGGCUGCAGCUGUCCCGGAUGCUGAACCUGACGGACCGACAAGUGAAAAUUUGGUUUCAGAACAGAAGGAUGAAAGAAAAAAAACUGAGCAGAGACCGGCUGCAGUAUUUCUCGGGAAAUCCUCUGCUGUAACCGCAG